AUGGAGCAAGCAUUUCAGCGGCAUGUACAACGUUUGAAAAAGUCUACCCCGACACCGUCCCGAGCCGGAGGCGAUCGUUUUCCCGGGACUGGUCGGCGCUUCAAUGCAGACCGAGAAAUCCUCAGGACAGGGGGAUGUCACAUGCUGGAAGACGAAAAUGGCGCUAAGAUAAGAGGAGACGUGAAUAGCAGCUAUCUCAUGGUCGGAGUUUACGGGCGAGGGCCGGCAUACCACAGCCAGCACAACACAACGAGGAUCUCAGCGCCCGAAAUCCCUCCCAAGUACUACAUGUGUCCGCUCUGUCUCCGUCCUGGGCAUUGGCAAUACGAUUGCGAGAAGGCUGAAGGGAAUAUGGAGGCCGACGGUCAAGAGAUACAGCUGUCUCACCGGGAGUGGACAGCCCGUCAGAGGACAGACGUUGACCAUUGGGAAGACUUCGAUUUUGCAUCUGGGGGGGAUCAUGUCCAAGGGUGCACCAACUGCCUUAGUCAUCAUCCGAGGCACCCAAAGUCGGAGAACGAAAUUGAAACCAACUACUUCCGAGCUUGGGAGAACGAAUGGUCGGUGGCAAGAGAGCGCAAGGACGAAGGCCCUUGCGGACGGUCAGAAUGGGCGUACACUGUGAAAACCUCUCUAAACUGUCCUAUGCAGAACAGUCUCGGAGGCACCAUGAUUGAAAAGCGGUUAUUCUGA